AGGGACACUCAGUCAGUAGGCUCCUACAGCUGGAGCAACAGCAGCAGUGUGAGGAUGGCCCGGCCCCUGGAGCAGGCAGUAGCUGCCAUCGUAUGCACCUUCCAGGAGUAUGCAGGGCGCUGUGGGGAUAAAUACAAGAUCUGCCAGUCGGAGCUCAAGGAGCUGUUGCAGAAGGAGCUGCCCACCUGGACCCCGAGUGAGUUCCGGGAGUGUGACUACAACAAAUUCAUGAGUGUUCUGGAUACCAACAAGGACUGCGAGGUGGACUUUGGGGAGUACGUGCGCUCACUUGCCAGCCUCUGUCUCUACUGCCACGAGUACUUCAAAGAGUGCCCCCCUGAACCCCCUUGCCCCCAGUAGCCUCUGAUCCAAAGCCUUGUGCUAUCACAGAAGGGCAGGGUCUGCUCCAGUGCACCAUCUUUGUCCCUGAGGUGGUCCUGGGUGUGUAGCUACAUCCUUCCUACUCUCUCUGUGGUACCCCUUUUAAUAUAGACUUGCCAAGUCCUUGAUGUGCUAACCCCAGCUACCCAUGAGCUUCUGAGGCUUUCUGAGUGAUGUCUAGCUAGUGAGGGGUGGAAUAGUAGCCAGCCUUUGCUGCUUCUCUUCUUGGAAGGGAAUAACAUGUCUGCUCUUACCUUGGAAGCUCAGAAUGUGCAUGCAAUUGGGACCGCUGUGUCAGGGGCCUCCUCAACUCCCAAUAAAGAAAUGUCAUCUUGGCUUA